AGGAGGCGGUUGGAAUAGGAAGCGUUCCCGGCUGCCACGUAUCCGGUACAAGGCACGUCUACAACCCACAGCGACCGAGACAAAAUGACUACAAGACGACAAAGUAUGCCGGUGGUAGCCAAAUCUGACUACGGCUUCACCACAGACAAAAUCAAAGAAUUUGAAGAGGCGUUCAAUGUGUUUGACAAAGACGGAAAUGGGAUGAUUACCACGGAAGAAUUGGGAGAAGUUCUCAGAUCGCUCGGCGAACGACCAACAUAUUUUGAACUCAAGGACGCUAUGGAAGCAAUGGACGGAGAUCGUGAGUACUUCAGUUAUUUAUCUUAUAUCUAUCUUAUCAAAUCUUUUACAUUUACGAUGUACUGGUGCAAACAAUUUGAAGAGGCGUUCAAUGUGUUUGACAAAGACGGAAAUGGGAUGAUUACCACGGAAGAAUUGGGAGAAGUUCUCAGAUCGCUCGGCGAACGACCAACAUAUUUUGAACUCAAGGACGCUAUGGAAGCAAUGGACGGAGAUCGAAGCGGAACGAUAGAAUUCGACGAAUUUUUAAGUAUGAUGUCAAAAAACAAAAGCAGGGAUCCAGAGAAAGAAUUGUUGGACGUGUUUCACGUUUUCGACCAAAAUGGUGACGGGCACAUAGACGCAGACGAACUUUACGACGUCUUAACAAAAAUAGGAGAAGUCAUAACAAAGGCUGAGGUUCGUGAAAUGAUCCAAGAAGCUGACGUUGACGGUGACGGCACAGUAAAUUUUACAGAGUUUAAAAGGAUUCUGACGGCGAAAUAAGUAAACCCAAUAUCUGACUAUCAUCUGUGAUUCUGGGAACUGGCAUGGCGUUGGAGUUGCGCAACGUUAAAACGUGACGGAAAGGCCCCCUACUGAGCCAGGCAGGAGAAACGACUUUAUGCAAUAAAAACUUGGGUUCUUAUUUACAUCAAGACUAGAUAACCGGCCCGACUCUGUAGAUCAUGCACCAAGUGUGUCUGUGAAGAAUUCAAAAGGUUUGCAGAAAAAACGACGUGUUUUAAAACGCCAGUAAAGAAACAAGAGGCAGCGA